AGGCUCGUCCUGUGGAUCGUCAGGAAUGUUGGUUCCCAGCGGGUGUGUUUGUGAGUGUGUGUGAGUGUGGGUUGUUACGAGUAAUCUGCCCCUCGAUGCUGUCUCUUGCCCUGCCAGGCCUCUCUCUCUGUCUCUAUCUGUCCACGCCACGGUUUUCCUCAACACCCGAUUUUCUUCCCGGAAGUGUUUUUGUCAUUUGAUUUGGUUAUUUGUAGGGGAUACUCGGAAAUUAGGGUUUGAUCAUUUUAUGUGGAUCACGUGAAUCUACGAAGCUUGAAUCGUGUCGCAAAUUCGGAAGGACUCUCGAUUCUUUGGGUUGUGGGUUUGAGGGGUUGGGUUGGCUUAGGGUUCGGUGGGUUGGUUGGUUAUUUGGUUGAGCUGGCUGGUGGUGGGUGAGGAUUUGCUGUUGGGGCAGGUGAGGUUUUGGGCGAAGCAGAAUUUGGAAAGAUUUGGAAGGAGGUGGAGUAUUCUGAGAAGGAAGAGGGAAUUCUCUUUGGGGGUUGGUUUUAACGGGACAUACUGGUGACGUCUUCGCGAUAUUUUAUGAGCUUCUUAAUUGUACUAUGAUUCUCGAUUGCAAUCGAUUGAAAUUUGGGGGAGAAGAGGUUUCUCUCUGAUUAUGGCGUGGCGUCUAUUGAUGCAUGAGGGUAGUCAUGUUUCAAAGCAGUUGGCGACAUCGAAUGCACUGGCAGGCUUGGGGAGCCACUUGAAGUUAUCAUUGUAUCAACUUCGUUUGCAAGCCAUCAGUAUUGAAAAUGAAGGCCGUAGAUUGUUGGGUUGUCAAAGGAGACAAAUGUCUAGCUACACCAGUAAUUAUGCUCGGAGGUUAGAACACGCAGAAGGUGGAAGUAAAUUGGGUUCUGAGGACAAGCAAGUUAGUCUCUUGAAGCAAUUGAAUAAGGUAGACCCGGAAAGUGUCAUUCAAUGGUUUGAGAGUCGUCCUUCUUCACAUCACAGCUCUGCUGCAAUGGCAGAGUACGUGAAGGCUCUGGUGAAGGUUGAUAGGCUCGACGAGAGCGCUCUCCUAAGAACUCUGCAACAAGGAGCAGCAAUCGCUGGCAAUGGAAUGAGAUCUGAAACCAGCAUGAACGUGGCAUCAACUGCAGCUCCUGUUUUAGGUAGUGCAGGUGUGAUGACAAAAGAGGGGUUGUUAGGUACUCCACAAGCUCCUAUCCACAUGGUCACUGCAGAGGGUGGGCUUAAAGUGCAAGCUUGGCGAACAUUACGUACCUUGGCCCUUGGUUUCUUGCUGAUAUCAGGGGUUGGAGCUUUGAUUGAAGAUCGUGGUAUUGGAAAAGGUCUGGGCUUGAAUGAAGAGGUACAGCCAAGCAUGGAGUCAAGUACCAAGUUCAGUGAUGUCAAAGGCGUGGAUGAAGCCAAAGCCGAACUUGAAGAAAUCGUUCACUAUUUACGUGACCCUCAGAGGUUUACAAGUUUGGGUGGUAAGUUACCAAAGGGAGUACUAUUGGUUGGGCCGCCUGGUACGGGGAAGACUAUGCUGGCUAGAGCUAUAGCUGGGGAGGCAGGAGUUCCAUUUUUCUAUUGUAGUGGAAGUGAAUUUGAAGAAAUGUUUGUAGGUGUUGGUGCGCGACGAGUACGGGACCUAUUUUCUGCAGCUAAAAAACGGGCACCGUGCAUUAUAUUCAUGGAUGAGAUAGAUGCAAUUGGAGGAAGCAGAAAUCCCAAAGAUCAGCAAUAUAUGAAGAUGACUUUGAAUCAGCUGCUGGUAGAGUUAGAUGGUUUUAAGCAGAAUGAGGGUAUAAUUGUUGUUGCUGCAACAAAUUUUCCCGAAUCUCUUGACAAAGCAUUGGUACGACCAGGUCGAUUUGAUCGGCAUGUUGUGGUCCCUAAUCCCGAUGUUGAAGGACGUCGCCAAAUCCUGGAAGUGCACAUGAGCAAGGUGCCAAAAUCUGGAGAUGUUGACUUGUCCAUCAUUGCUCGUGGAACCCCUGGAUUUUCUGGCGCCGACUUGGCCAACCUUAUCAAUGUAGCAGCUUUGAAGGCUGCCAUGGACGGGAAGAAGGAUGUAAGCAUGACAGAUUUGGAGUUUGCCAAAGACAAAAUUAUGAUGGGGAGCGAACGUAAGUCUGCAGUCAUAUCUGAGGAGUCUAGGCGACUCACUGCAUAUCAUGAAGGGGGUCAUGCACUUGUUGCCAUAUUCACUGAGAGUGCUUUACCAGUUCACAAGGUCACUAUUGUACCACGAGGAAUGGCGCUUGGUAUGGUCACUCAGCUCCCUGACAAAGAUGAAACUAGUUUCUCACGUAAGCAGAUGCUUGCACGUUUGGAUGUAUGCAUGGGUGGACGCGUUGCAGAGGAACUUGUGUUCGGAGAAGGAGAGGUUACAUCUGGCGCUUCUUCAGAUAUUGUGCGAGCAACCAAACUAGCUCGAGAAAUGGUUACCAAGUAUGGAAUGAGCAAAGCAGUAGGUGUGGUUGCCCACAAUUAUGAGGAUGAUGGUAAAUCAAUGAGCACGGAGACCAGGCUGCUUGUUGAAAGCGAAGUCCGUGAGCUCCUACAGACUGCUUACGAAAAUGCAAAAAGAAUACUUAGUACUCAUCAACGCGAGCUUCAUACUCUAGCCGCUACUCUCUUGGAACGUGAAACUAUGACUGCUGUAGAAAUCAAAACGUUAUUGGCGCAAGUGAAGGAGCAAGCUAAUAGAGCUAAUAUUCCACUCUUUAGUCCUCAGCAAAUUGUACCAACAACCACUGCACAGGUUGCCCAGGCAGCAGCAGCUAAUGCGGCAGCUGCGGUGGCAGCCGCUGCCUCAGCAAAAACGAAAUCUGCCGCUCCUGCUGGGACUUGAUAUUUGAAUUAGUAUUGCAUCGCUGCGUAACUUUGAAACCAAUUUGCCGCUCACCUGCAUAGUUUAUCAGGAUAUAUUGUGUGCUGCAAGGGUCAAGAAUCUCCCUGAACUUCAGGUUCUCUGCACAGUGUGAGACGUCCACUGAUGGUGAUGGCGGCUAAACUCGGCUUGCUUCUCAGCAUGUACGGAAUUUCGUCUAUUUGAUAACUAGGGUGUAAUUAGUUUGACGCUGUACAUGUCUGUUAAGUUCGCAGUUAUUGGUUUUCACAAGACAUAUCAGCCCAACUGGAAGACAACGAAUAAUUGCUGUUAGUCCUAUGUUGAAUAUGGAUCUUGUGUGAGGCGUGGUUAAUUUUUACAUGAUUAUGUACUCUAGAAUACUCAAUUCAACAUUUCUUGUUGGAAUUGUCUGCAGAUCUGUGAAAGAGCACAAGAUUGCUGAAUCAUUUUGUUAUCAAGCA